GCGCAAAGCGCGGGAGCAGUUGGGGCCGGGCAUGCCGGGAGCCCCCGGGGCAGCCGCCGCCGCCGCCACCACCACCGCUACCGCCACCGCGUCUGUCGCCGGUGCGCGCCGCUGACGCGCGGAGAUGAAAUUCCCGGGCUCGGUGCUGGCGUCCGUGUUCCUGUUCGUGGCCGAGACGACGGCGGCGCUGUACCUGAGCAGCACCUACCGCUCGGGCGGGGACGGCAUGUGGCAGGCGCUGACGCUGCUCUUCUCACUGCUGCCCUGCGCCCUUGUGCAGCUCACGCUCCUCUUCGUGCACCGCGACUUCAGCCGCGACCGGCCGCUCGUGCUGCUGCUGCACCUGCUACAGCUCGGGCCACUCUUCAGGUGUUUUGAAGUCUUCUGCAUCUAUUGUCAGUCAAGCCACAUCGAAGAGCCUUAUGUCAGCAUCACCAAGAAGCGACAGAUGCCAAAAAAUGGCCUCUCAGAGGAAAUUGAGAAGGAAGUGGGCCAGGCAGAAGGCAAGCUAUUCACCCACCGAUCUGCGUUCAGCCGGGCAUCAGUGAUCCAGGCUUUCCUGGGCUCAGCCCCCCAGCUGACCCUGCAGCUGUACAUAAGCGCCCUGCAGCAGGACGUCACUAUCGGAAGAUGUCUCUUCAUGGUCCUCUCCCUACUGUCCAUCGUGUAUGGAGCCUUGCGCUGUAACAUCCUAGCCAUCAAGAUCAAAUACGAUGAAUAUGAUGUCAAAGUGAAGCCCCUGGCCUAUGUCUGUAUCUUCCUCUGGAGGAGCUUUGAGAUUGCCACUCGAGUCAUUGUCCUGGUCCUCUUUACCUCUGUCCUGAAGACCUGGGUGGUGAUAGACAUACUCAUCAACUUCCUCACCUUCCUCUUCUACCCCUGGAUCCUCUUCUGGUGCAGCGGCUCCCCCUUCCCUGAGAACAUCGAGAAGGCCCUCAGUCGGGUGGGCACCACCAUCGUGCUGUGCUUCCUCACCUUACUCUACGCCGGGAUCAACAUGUUCUGCUGGUCAGCGGUACAGCUGAAAAUCAACAACCCCGACCUCAUCAGCAAGUCCCAGAACUGGUACCAGCUGCUGGUGUACUACAUGUUGAGAUUCAUCGAGAACGCCUUCCUCCUCCUCAUGUGGUAUCUUUACAAGACUGACAUCUAUAUGUAUGUGUGCGCACCCCUGCUGGUCCUGCAGUUGCUCAUCGGGUACUGCACGGCCAUUCUGUUCAUGAUCGUGUUCUAUCAGUUCUUCCACCCUUGCAAAAAGCUCUUUUCCUCUAGUGUUUCUGAAAGCUUUCAGGAGUGGCUAAAGUGUGCUUGCUGUGACUGCAGGCGGCGGAAAUCCUCUGAGUCUGCAGAAAAGACAGAUCUAAGGUCGCCCGCAGACAGAGAGGAAACCCCUUCUAGCAGUAAAAUAAGUUCUAUGCCCAGCCAGAUCUUGAAUGCCGAUGAGCUCUUUUCUGCUUAAUGGGACCUGAGUCUCUUGAGUCACAGAUGUAUUGUUUGCUGGGUUGAUCCCUGUUCUUCAUACAAGUGAUGGGCCCUGCACAGUUAACAAAGCAGGACGUUAUCUCUCAACUCCUUGUGAGUCUCUCCCCUUUAGAGAGCUCUUGGGCGGGCAUGUGGGAACCAUGGAGAGAAGCCAGGGAAACCCCUGAGUGUUGCAGGGGCAGCCUAAGGCACCACCAUUCACAGUUGACCAUGUUCUCCCAGGCGUUACUGGCCUUUUCAUUGACAAAGUACCCAUGAUGUCUGAGUUGGGCUGGUUAGAUCUGUCAGGUAGAAUGAGGGCAGGGGCUUACUUGUUUUCUAGUUUUCUGGACUGCUGGUCUAGGUAGCCUAAUGUUUUAUUAUCCCUGAACGUAGUUUUCACCCAAGAGCUGUCUGAUGACCACAGAUGGUUACUGGGGUUUUGCCAUCAGCCACAACAUUCCUGUCAGAGUUUUCAGAGAGGGCUGUUCAAGUUUGGUUUUUGAAUAGACAGAUGUUCCAUUUUCAUCUCAUUAGGGCUCUUUGUACAUAACCAACUGUAGCAGCCUUGGCCUGCUAUCUCUAAUUGACUCAAAAGUCUGGAUUUGGAGACUUUAUUCUCAAGGAUCCAUGGAUGCAAAAUUGAAUUCUAGAUUUGGUUAUGGAAGCCCUAGAAUUUUAGGAAAGUUGUGUUCCUUCAGUAUGUUGAAGAAACUCUGGAUCAAGAGGGUUGUUAAAAUAUCAAAGUGAUUUAGGCUUUUAUAAGCAGAAUUCUUACCUUCUUGUGAUGGUUUAAGAUGAAUCUGCUGGAAGGUAGGCUUAACCUCAUCGAGGUUCAGUCCUGUCUUACAGUUCUGGGAAAUUUCUAGUAGAAUUUGCUAGGAUUUGCCUUCUUAGGAAAGAAGAAAGUAAAACUCAUAGUCUUUACUCCACCUCUUCCUUGCCUGUCAGGAAAGUUUUAGACAAGAGUUAGCUUGGUUAACCUAAGUUUUUCUAGAAAACUCCACAGAAAUUUCUCACCUAGCAUAUGUAUAUAGGCCAUUUUAAUUUUCAUUAUUUGAAGGAAAAGGGUUCCCCAACUUCAGUUAGAUGUUGACUUCAGAAACUUUUAAAUUUUGCAAAGAGCUGACAUGACCAGAAGAUUUUUAUCUUUAACUGAAUGCAUUUUGAUUUGGUAUGAUUAUGAGUUAAUUUGAAUAAGAACUUCAAUCUUAUCCUCCUACACUCUCCUAUCUUCAGUAUAAUUUCUCCUUUGAUCUGGAACCGUAUUUCUUUCAUAAAAGGAUUUGUAGAAUAUCCUCAGUUGUCUUGGAAAAAUGCCUGGAUCUAGUACCAUUAUUUCUACCAUAAAAACCUUGAUAAUGAAACACCUGGGAGCAGGUGACCUGUCACUGACGAGGCUGGACAUUGCAGGUCGAUCAGGGUUGACAGUCUUAGGACCCAUAAUGGCUGAACUUUCUGACCCAUCGAGUUUCUAACAGCUAGUUUGUCAGGGGACAGGUUAAAAUGGUGAGUUUGAGUAGGAGUUGUGGUCAGAAUUAGACAGGGAUGGAGAGACUGGUACUUCCCCAGCCUUGGUUUGGAAGCCUGUCUCAAGAACCACUACAAAAUCUGGGCCUUCAAAUACAUUUAAAAUCAUUUUAAGGUAGAAUAUACGUAAGCAUAUUGAGUGACCGCAAACCAAACUGACAGUGAUGGUCUGUCACACUCCUAAAGCCCAAUUAUAAGCCACAUUUAAAAGGAUAAAGAGGUUUGGUAACUAAAUUGAACAUUUUGUCAUCUUUAACUCUUGAUAUGCAGAUACCCCUGCUUUGGGGCCAUAUAUGUCUAGUCACUUUGGGGAAGAGAAACCACUGCUUUUUCUCUUCAUGGCCACAAUUUAAGUCAUAGUGAACUGAGAAAUCUUGUUUUUAAAUUAUUUGUAUUAUACCUCUGAAAUGGCAAAAUUAUAGCUCAGACUGCAGAACUAGGUUGCCCUAAAGACAAACCAGCAAAUUUCCUCCUAUCUUGAGAGUUAAAAUGUCUUUUUCAGUAAUAAUUCCAAUUUUUAAAACUCUCCGUGCUUUGUCUAAUUAAUUAUAUGCCAUAACUUGUCGCAACAGAUACUCCAGCUGAUUCAUUAUCAUUUGGCUGGAUGGAGGUGAAGUGUUUCCUCGAAAUAUAUUGAAAUAAGAUCAUCAAACACGUUUAGACUUUCUUCAUUACUGGAGACAGUGCAGUGUAGAGGCUGGCAUCUCCCUGUCCAGCCCUGCAAGUUAGUUCAUUGUUCUAUGCCUCAGUUUCCUCACCCACAAAAUUUGCAUGAUAUACUUGCCCGGGCUACCUCACAAGGUUGUCAGAAGAACAAAUUAAAUAAUAGGUGUGAAAAUGCUUUGAAAAUAUUUUUGAAGUGCCAUGCAUGUUUAAAGGAGUUGUUUUUAUAGUUAUUCAAAUCCAUAACAGGUUAUUGUUUUUUGGUUUUUUUUUUUACCGUUAGAGAAGAAACAAGUAGCAUCAUUCACAUGAGUGUCUUAAGUGAAUAUGUCGGCCUUUGGCCUUACGGAAGGGCAAGUGUAAAUGGCCUUUAUUCUUGGAGAGAACUCAACAGUUGCCCUUUCUCUUACCAUCAGUUGCUUAUAAAAAUUAGCACCCAAACAUAUGGUACUUGGAGGAAAAAGACCCACUGAAAUCUGAGAAAUUGCUUUUGAUAACAAAUGAGCUUAUCAUUUUUGUAUGUCAUCUUUCAUAAAGGAUAUAGCAGCAUCUUUUGUUAAUUUUGCUUUACAAUUUGAAUGCCUGAUCCCGCUAGACUUUAAUUGAAUGUGGGUAUAAUUUUUUCAGCCUUGUAAAUGGGAAAAAUAAACUUUAAAAUUGAUUGUCAAAUACAGCAUUUUCUUGGAAACCUCCUUAGAACAUUAGUGCUAUGGUUAUGACUGUAUGUGUCAGUACUCCUCAGCCAGUACAUUGUGGAUGUGAGCUUUUGCAGGCUGCUUCUCUGCAGCCAUUCGCUCUAAUAAAUAUUGUUUAUGUUUCUUCAUAUAAUAAAUUAAUUUUUCAAUUUC